AUGGCUCUCGCCUCGUCUGCUGCCACUUCCUGCACUCCUCGCCUUCUGCGGGCGGCGCUGCUGCUCCUGCUCCUAGUCACCGCAGGCCGGCACGCAACAGGGGCUCCCGUGGUCUCGGAACUGCGCUGUCAGUGCUUGCAGACGGUGCAGGGAAUCCAUCUGAAGAAUAUCGAAAGUGUCAAGGUGACGCCCCCAGGACCCCACUGCGGCCAAACCGAAGUCAUAGCCACUCUCAAGAAUGGGCAGGAAGCUUGUCUCAACCCUGCAGCUCCCAUGGUUAAGAGAAUCAUAGAAAAGAUGCUUAAAAAGUGA